AUGCAGGACACGCCGGACGUGGCGGAGUACUUGAUGCAGUGUGUCUGCAGUGACCAACUCAACAUACAGCUCAAGGGGGUUCUGUGCAUCAAGCACAUCGCCAUGGAGGACGUGACCUUUCAGACGUAUCUUCUUUCAUGCCCGGGGGCCUUGAAGAUCCUCGAAGACAUCGCGGCGCCGCCCAUCGUCCCCCAGGCGAGGGCCAUCGAGCCCCAGGAGGUGCGAACCGUCCGCGACGCGACGAAGACCGCCCUGGAAGCCAUCCGAACGCCGCACAGCGUGGAAAAGUCGACCGCCGGUGCUUCGCUCAAGGCGCGAUGCCAGGGCUUUGGCAACUACGAACCACCCCCGGAGGAAGAGCCCGCCAAGAAGAAUAACAUCGCCGGCCAGGCAGCAGACUUUGUCGCCGACUCGAUUGGUGAUAUGGUGGACGAUUUCAAGGAGAAGGGCGCAGUUGGCGCUCUCAAGGAUGCCACCGUAGACGCUCUGGAUCUGGUCUUGGAUGGCGUGGACACGAUCUGGGGCUGGGUGGCCGGUUCAAAAGAGACCGACCAGCCGCGUAUUUGUCAGCCCACAAACCAGCCGCAGAUGCCAGGGCAGUUUGCGGGCGCAGGGCCGACAGCUGGGUAUUCAGCUUCGCCUCCGGCGGGAUUCCAAGCGCCAGCCGCUCCACCGAAGACCUCAGCGAACCAUUACGCUGCAGCCUUUGGAGGGGGCGUUGUUGGAGCAAACAAUCCGGUGAUGGUGGGCGGACUGCCGAACAGCCAGCCUGCACAAAGUUACGCCGCCGGCCCGUCCGUCCCGACGCCGACGCCCGAGCCCGCAGCGGAGCCCCCAAAGCCAGCGCCAGCGCCGAUGGUCGACCUCUUGUCGAUGGAGGAGCCUGCAUCUUCAGCGAAGCCUCCGGCAGCCGAUCUCCUCGGCGACCUCGAUGCCCCCAGCGCUGCCCCCGCCGGCGGCGCACCAACUCAGGCGACCCAGAACAUGCUAGACCUUUGA